GGGAGGGCGGUCAGUCGGGCGGGUGGCGGCGGAGGGGGAAGGAGGGGUGUCGCUGCCGCCAUGUCGCGGGGUCGGGAGCGGGUGGUGGCCCUGGUGGACAUGGACUGCUUCUUCAUGCAGGUGGAGCAGCGCUUCGACCCGCAGCUGCGCGGCCGGCCCUGCGCCGUGGUGCAGUACAACAAGUGGCAGGGCGGCGGGAUCAUCGCGGUGAGCUACGAGGCGCGCUCCUUCGGCGUGGCCCGCGGCAUGUGGGCGACCGAGGCGCGGGCGCUGUGCCCGGAGCUGCUGCUGGCCAGGGUGCCCGAGGCGCGGGGCAAGGCGGACCUCACCCGGUACCGGGAGGCCAGCGCCGAGGUGAUGGAGGUGCUGUCGCGCUUCGCCGCCAUCGAGCGGGCCAGCAUCGACGAGGCGUACCUGGACCUGACGGGCAGCGCUCGGGAGAGGCUGCGGGAGCUGCGGGGGCGGCCCCUGGGUGCCGAGCUGCUGCCCACCACCUUCGUGCAGGGGCUGCCCGGCGGCCCCGACCCCCAGCAUGCCGCCAAGGAGGAGCUGCGGCAGCGUGGCGUGCAGGAGUGGCUGGCAUCGCUGUCCUUCGAUAACCCCGACUGUCCUGACCUGCAGCUGACCAUGGGAGCGGUAAUUGUGGAAGAAAUGAGGGUGGCCGUGGAGAAAGCCACUGGAUUCAGGUGCUCAGCUGGGAUUUCGCACAACAAAAUGCUGGCGAAACUGGCCUGUGGGUUAAACAAGCCCAACCGCCAGACACUGGUAUCUUCACGAUCUGUCCCGCAGCUCUUCAGCCAGAUGCCUGUCAGCAAUAUCCGUAACCUGGGGGGGAAGCUUGGUGCUGCCAUCACGGACAUCCUGGAAGUGGAGUACAUCGGGCAGGUGACGCAGUUCAGUGAGACGGAGCUCCAGACUCACUUUGGAGACAAGACAGGGUCCUGGCUCUAUGACUUGUGCAGAGGAAUUGAUGACGAACCUGUCAAAAAUCGACACUUGCCCCAGUCCAUUGGCUGCAGCAAGAACUUCCCUGGGAGGACAGCCCUGGCCACACAGAAGGAGGUGCAACACUGGCUCCUGCAGCUGGCCUUGGAGCUGGAAUCCAGACUGAUCAAGGACAGGAGUCAGAACCACCGAGUGGCCAAGCAGCUCAUGGUGGUCAUCCGCAUGCAGGGAGACACCCGGCUGUCACGCUUCUGUGCCGUGACCCGCUACGAUGCCCAGAAGAUCUACAGUGAUGCCUUUGCCCUAAUCCAAAACUGCAACAUGGCCGGGGCUCACCAGGCAGCCUGGUCUCCGCCGCUCAUAUCAGUGCUUCUCUCAGCAAGCAAGUUCUCAGAGGCCCCCACGCUCCUCUCUGCAGGUAUCGCCGCCUUCCUGACUGGUGACACUCAGCCCGAUGGCACUGGCAGCGCCAAGACCGCGUCUUGCAGGAGGCCCAGGGUCAAGUUUUUCAGGAGCCCGAGCAAAGAGCACAGACAGAAGCCGGCUAAUGCUAUUGAGUCGUUCUUCCAAAAGGCAGCAGAAAAGCGGCAGUCACAGGCAGCAGCAAGCAGCCUGCCAGCUGCUACCACCUCCCCUGAGCACCCAGGGAGAGAUGACCUGGAGGGAGCUGGUGUUGGACUUGCCUCUGAGCAGUGUGAUCUGGAGUCCCCUGUGAAGCAGAGUCCCAGAGAUGGGAGUCCUACUUUACCUUGCAAGAGGCUUCCCUGUGAGACAUUGCUGUCUGAUGCUACGCAAACACCCUCGACUCCACCCAGCUCCAGGAUGCUUCUGAAAUUAGAGCCAGCUAUGGAAGGAAACGAGCAGAACUUGCCACCCUCUCCCGAGCUCACCCUGCUCCCUCAUGCCUCGCCGGGGGACCAGCAGCGCUGUGAGAAGUGUGGCCAGCACGUGCUGGUGUGGGAGCUCCCAGAGCACAUGGACUACCACUUUGCUGUGGAGCUGCAAAGCUCCUUCCUGGAGUCCAGUUUCCCCACAGCCCCAGUGGCAGAUCCCAGCCUGAAGGCUGCGGCUUCCAGGUCUCCUGCCAAGGCAAAGAACAAGCCCAAGACUCCGGCAGGAUCUAGUGCAAAACGACCUAGGGAAGGUGUGACAAGAACUUUAGAUUUUUUCUUUAAACGCCUGCCUCCUUAACAUCCAGCCAUGCUGGGAGUUUUUAGAUAAUAGCCGGUUUAAAAUCCGGUUAAAAGUUUUUAUACUGCCUUGCCAGGUUUUAAUGCAGAAAAGUCUAAUAAAUUAUCUCUACCCCAAGUCUAAGAGGGACUGGAA